GUUCUUGUACACAUGCCCAGCAUCGGGAAAGGUGCGGCGUCCAGUGUGGCGUCGAAUGUGCGAAAUAGCUUUAAGAAUAUCGAAUUAGCAUUGGUUGUGGGAAUAUGCGGCGCAGCUCCUCUGACUCCCAGUCACGAGGAGAUCCUCCUGGGCGAUGUCGUGAUCAGCGAUGGAAUCAUUCAAUAUGACCUGGGCCGGCGUCUCCCUCAUACCUUCAUCCGGAAGGAUACUCUCCUAGACAACUUAGGUCGACCCAAUCCACGCAUCCGCAGCCACCUAGCCAAGCUUCGCGGUCGACGGAGUCGAGUGCAACUGCAAGAGGAGCUUAUUCUUCAUCUCACCGAAUUGCAAGAAAGGUGGCCAGACCAAAGCCUAGAAUCUCCGGGCAUUGAACAAGACCAGCUAUUCCAAUCGACAUAUCAUCACCAGCAUCACCAGACACCGUGUUCGGUCUGUGCCACUAACAUGAUAGAGGAUUGCAAAGAUCGCGCAAUAUGUCAGGAAGCCCUGCACAUGACCUGCGACGAGCUCGUUUGUGAUCCGAAGAUGGCCAUCCCUCGCAUUAGACACCAAGUCGCCCUUCACGGGGAUGGGACCCUCACGCCCCGCGUCCACUACGGACUGAUUGCAUCCGGAGAUAGUGUGAUUCGCUCCGGCGUGGAUCGAGAUAUCCUCGUCGCACGAGAUGGGGUCAUUGCCUUCGAAAUGGAAGGAGCAGGGGUCUGGGACAAUCUACCGUGCAUUGUUAUCAAGGCUGCUUGCGACUAUGCCGACAGUCACAAGAAUAAACACUGGCAGAAUUAUGCAGCUGCGACGGCGGCAGCUUGUACGAAGGCUUUUCUCCAGGCGUGGGUGGCAAAUGAUAGUAGUACGACCCUCGAAUGAGUAUUCCGUA